AUGAAGACCAAUAAUUGGAUCCAAGAUCAAAUUGCAAGCCAUAUGCGAAUAUUGCGAGCAUUCCUCUUUAUAAUAUGGUUUACGUGUUGUGGUUUCGCUACAGUUUUUCUUCAAUUUGUUGUUACUCCCUUGUACUUGAUGAGCAGCUAUCACUAUGACGAGUGCAUAGCAUGGACAAAAGCAUGUUUUGGAUGUACGCUCAUUGCUAUUACGCAGUGUGCAUUUUCAUGCCCGAUCCAAUUGAGUGGAGACCGAACCAUGAGAGGGCAACUCUACGUGAAAGCUGGGAAAUUCAGGACGAGAUUUCCCGCGCGCAUUCUCAUUAUAUCGAACCACCAAACAUCCGUCGACCAAUUUCACAUGUGGUGGUAUGCGUACGCGAAUCAGAUGCACGGACGAUUCUUCAUCGUUUUAAAGGAAUCUUUCAAAUACGUCCCGUUCCUUGGUAUUGCGAUGAGAUUCUACGGGUUUGUACUCAUGGCCCGGAGAUGGGCCGUCGACAAGCCAAGGCUGGAACAUCGCCUGAAGGCAAUUCGAAACAGUCAGUCCCCGGCAUGGCUGCUCAUUUUCCCAGAAGGAACAGUAUUUACUCCCACGUCAAAACAGCGCAGCAAUGAAUACGGAGCCAAAUCAGGUAUCCGACCGCUCAAACAUGUAAUCCUGCCACGGUCGACAGGUCUAUUCUUCUGUUUGCGACAGCUACAAGGUUCUGUCAUUUGGCUUUAUGACUGCACUAUCGCGUAUGAAGGACGACCAAGAGGAAGCUUCCCUGGUAUAUAUUUCACGAUGCGCUCGAUUUUCAUGGGAGGGAAAUCACCAACUGCUAUCCACAUGCAUUGGAGAUGCUUUAAGAUAGCAGAUAUCCCAUUACAGAGUCAGCAUAUCUUUGAGAAAUGGCUCGUAGAUCGGUGGGCUGAGAAGGAUCACUUUUUAGAUGAAUUCUUUCGCACAGGCUGUUUCCCCUCCGAACUGCCGUCUAGAUUUGAGGCGAGCAAUGAGCCAGGACAGCAUGAGGCCCUCACCCCAAUGGUUAGUCUUCUGGUGACACAUGGAAGGCUGUCCUCAUCGGCGAAGGCUGAACAAACGCUGAUGACCCUGUUGGGAAUUUCCUUGUGGUUUGGAAUUCUAUACACCGGUUAUGGGUACUAUUGCGGAGUUAGAGGCUGA